UACAUUUCAAAAUUCGACCAACCAAGUUGAGUUGAUUCGUUGAAUCAUCGUUUCUCUAAAUAUACUAAAAUUUGCCCCGCAUCUUUUGCAACGUGCUCCGUCGUCAUCUCGCAGCUCUCUCCACCUUCGUCUCCCAAGUGCAGUGGUACUGUUGUUAGGUAGAAGAACCCCACCCAAAUGGCGAUUUACGUCGCGUCACGGCGUCUCUCCAGCGGAACAGCUGCGGCGACGCUGCGUUAUGCCACUGCUCUGAGAUCUUAUUCGACGUCGUUUAGGGAAGAGAGGGACACCUUCGGCCCGAUCCAAGUUCCUUCCGAUAAAUUGUGGGGAGCACAGACGCAGAGAUCUCUGCAGAACUUCGAGAUCGGCGGUGAGCGGGAGCGUAUGCCCGAACCUAUCGUCCGCGCUUUUGGCGUCUUGAAGAAGUGCGCUGCCAAGGUAAACAUGGAGUAUGGACUCGAUCCAACGAUUGGGAAAGCGAUUAUGGAAGCAGCUCAGGAAGUAGCUGAGGGCAAACUCAAUGAUCAUUUCCCCCUUGUUGUUUGGCAAACUGGUAGUGGCACUCAGAGUAACAUGAAUGCUAAUGAGGUCAUUGCUAACAGAGCAGCUGAGAUUCUUGGUCGCAAACGUGGUGAAAAAUGCGUCCACCCUAAUGACCAUGUCAACCGUUCUCAAUCUUCUAACGACACUUUCCCUACUGUCAUGCACAUUGCAGCUGCAACCGAGAUUAAUUCAAGGCUCAUCCCUAGUUUGAAAACUUUGCAUUCCACUCUCCACUCUAAGUCCUUCGAGUUCAAAGAUAUUGUCAAAAUUGGAAGAACUCACACUCAAGAUGCUACUCCUUUGACCCUUGGACAAGAAUUUGGUGGCUAUGCUACUCAAGUUAAGUAUGGACUUAAUCGAGUCACAUGCACUCUACCCCGCCUCUAUCAGCUUGCACAAGGUGGAACUGCUGUUGGGACAGGACUAAACACCAAGAAAGGGUUUGAUGUAAAGAUAGCUGCUGCAGUGGCAGAAGAAACAAACCUGCCGUUCGUCACUGCAGAAAACAAGUUCGAAGCUCUGGCUGCACACGAUGCUUGUGUUGAAACCAGUGGGUCACUUAACACAAUCGCCACGUCGUUGAUGAAAAUUGCCAAUGAUAUACGUUUUCUUGGAAGUGGUCCAAGAUGUGGUCUUGGUGAACUUGUUCUGCCUGAAAAUGAGCCAGGAAGCAGCAUCAUGCCUGGGAAGGUGAACCCUACACAGUGUGAGGCCUUGACCAUGGUUUGUGCUCAGGUAAUGGGCAACCAUGUCGCUGUGACAGUUGGUGGGUCAAAUGGUCAUUUCGAAUUGAAUGUAUUUAAGCCGGUGAUCGCAAGCUCUCUCUUGCAUUCUGUAAGAUUGAUAGCAGAUGCUUCAGCUUCGUUUGAGAAAAACUGUGUGAGGGGCAUUGAGGCCAACAAAGAAAGGAUCUCAAAGCUAUUACACGAGUCUCUUAUGCUUGUGACAUCAUUGAAUCCGAAAAUCGGAUAUGACAAUGCUGCAGCAGUUGCCAAGAAAGCUCACAAAGAAGGAUCGACAUUGAAGGAAGCGGCUCUGAAGUUAGGUGUUCUUACCUCUGAAGAGUUUGAUACGCUUGUCGUCCCCGAGAAGAUGAUCGGGCCCUCCGAUUGAUGUUGAGCUAAAAGCUUCAUUUCACAUGUCUUAUUCUUGUUAAGGGUGUAAUGACAAAUAAGCAAAUCCCAGAAACUCAAAUUCAGAUUUUGCAUUGGAAGGAUUCAAUUCUUGAUGUAUCAGUUAUUUUUGUUGAAUAAAAGAGUAACUAUUCAUUUUUA